AUGAAGAUUUAUUUAAUUUCAUAUGUCGUCCCUCUUAUGGUAUUUUUAUUAUAUACCUUGUUAAAGGAUCAAAGGGGGUUCUCACAAUAUAACGAUUACUUAAUUUCAAAAAUAAAUGAUGCAUUAUUAUAUUUUAAUAUAUAUGAAAUAAAAUUCCCAGAUAGUUAUAAAAAUAAUGAAAAAAUUUUAGGAUUACAUAUUCAGGACAUUGAAGAAGAUUCACGUGUAGCAUAUGAAAUAUUAAAAGAAUUAACACAAAAAAAUUAUUUUCGAAUAUUUAAAGUUAAUUUACAUAUUCCAUGUAAACUUCAAAAAAUCAGUGAAAAAUGUAAUGAAAAAACAAAAUGUAGUGUUUGUGAAUGUACCGAAGAUGAAAUACCUUACAAUUUUAGAACAAAUGAAGUUGAAAUUAUACAUGAUCAAUAUGCUCAAGAAGAUUUAAAACAAACUUUUAUAGCUAGUAAAUUAUAUAAAGAUAUAUUAGGAACUUAUGAUCCUUCUGAUGAAGGCUUUUUAUCUUAUGUUGAUUUGAUUUAUAACUCUCCUUCUUAUACUGCCUAUGAAGGGAAAAGCAUAUGGAAUCGAAUAUAUUUAGAGAAUUGCUUUCAAGAUGGUGAAAACAAUACAUGCACAGAGAUGAACAAUUUUUAUAAAAUUAUAUCAGGAAUGCAAUCAUGUAUUGCAGCUCUAUCUUCAGAAUAUUAUUACUUGAAAAACGAUUUUGUUUUUGGUGAUAUACAUACUGAUAAUACAAUUAAAAAUCAUUAUAUUAAAAAAAUAGACUAUGAUUAUAAUAUAUCAUUUUUUAAAGAAAAAUUAGCUUUAUAUCCUGAUCGGAUUGAAAACUUAUAUUUUACUUUUGCCAUAUUGUUACGAGCUUUAUGUCGAUUGAAACCUCUUUUUAGCCAAUGUAAAUGCAAUUCAGGCAUUAAAGAAAACGACAAGAGUGCAUUCAACCUUUUAAAUGAAUUUCUCGGGAAACAUUAUCAUUCAUGUUCUUCAGAGGAAUUCCUUGAACCAAUAUUUCCAAAUCAUGGAAAAGAAAUCUUAUCAAAAUUUAUAAAUAUAACAAGCAUCUUAGAUUGUGUUCCUUGCAUUAAAUGCAAACUUCACGGAAAAUUAAAAACAACAGCUUUACAAAUAGCUUUAGUGGAAGGAGUAGGUCACGAGCAUAUUGGCUCCCUUGAAAGAAAUGAAGCAACUGCUUUAAUAAAUGCUAUAUACCAUUUUGCUGAUGCGAUCUUAAUUAUCAAAAAGUUUGAAGAGCGACUGAAAUUGAAGAAAACGCUAUUUAUAUUUUAUGUAGUAUCCGUUACGCUGUUCAUACUUUUAGUAUUGCUCUCCGUUAUCUAUAUAACCCUAAGAGCUCGCGAGAAAAAACAAAAAGUUAAAUCAGCAAAAAAAAAUCCAUAA